GGGAAAAUGUAUGGUAUUUGCAGUAGACAAAAUACACGUAUGCAAGGAAGUGCACACAACAGGCGCUGGAUGUAGUUGUCUGUGUCUGGAAAAUGUAUGCUAUUUUCAGGAGACAAAAGACAGGCCCCGGAGUGAACAUAAUUGUACACUCGCAAAUUCAAUCACAAACAAGGGGCUGAGGGGCUUACAUUGCUAACUUCAGCGUGGAUUCCCCCAAGGGCAUAAGGCGAGGAUCAGCACAUCCUGAUCAGAGGUCUGUCAUGAAUUCCCCCGAGGAGAGGCACAUUGUAGGACCCCUUGUACACAGUUAAUUUGAAAUGCAAAUCUAACUCAACGGGUGUUGUCAUCAUCAACCAACAUGUCGUUCUGCCCCUGAACAGGCAGUUAACCCACUGUUCCUAGGCUGUCAUUGAAAAUAAGAAUUUGUUCUUAACUGACUUUCCUGGUAAAAUAAAAAUAUGCUAAGUGUAACUGCCACUACUGGUAAUAAUCACAACUCUAACCCAAUCAACCACACACACUUAUAGCACAUAAAGUAAGCAGUUUGUCUUUAUGACAGACUUUUAAGUCACAGGCAAAGUUUUGUUGCUCUCGGAAGAAAAACCUCAAUUUGUCAGUUAAGUUUUUUGUUACAUUGAAUGUUUUUGGUAACUAUCCACAACUCUAGGAUCUCAAUGUUAAAAUAGGGACCUUUUUUUUUUCUUCCAUUUCCUGGUUUCAGUUUUGGUGGUUUUCUUCCGACAGCAAGGAGGAUGCAAGCUGGGUUGCACCUUUGCACUACUAGCAAAACUUAAUUAUGUACCAACAGUGAAUUACAGGCAUAAAGUAAAUAAGGCUACAAAGCACCAAGACUUUAUUUUGCACAACCCCCUAUCAGCGUAGAUCAGCUUCAACUGUCUAAGAAGUUGUAUUUCUGUUAAGCUUGAAAUGAAUGUUCUAUUGCACUACAAGUGUUGCAAAUAGUGCUGUUUUUUAAAAGUCCAGUGUGGGGUACACUGUGCCAAAAUGAGUCUCUCUGGGGAGUAUGAGGAGGGAAGCACUCCCUCUAGUAUCUGUGAAGAUACUGAAGAAGAAGCCACUGCUUCUGGAAUGAGUUUCUCGGGGACUGAGGGAGCAAUGUCCCCUAAACUACGUUUUCCUGCCGAACAGGACACUGACAGGGAGCUUAAGAGGUUCAAGACAGACCGACCAGUCUCACCUGUACCUAGUGGUAUCUCCAUGAAGAGUGGUCAGUCGAUGGGACUUCCUAUUUUCUUCAAGGAGGGAGAAUUAUCCACUGGGCAAAGCAGUAUCUCUGAGGAGAAUGACCAGUCAAUGGAUCACCAACCCAGAGUCCCUACUGAUGACAGAGUGUACCCAACAGAAGUCCAGGAUAAAAUUAAACCCUACUUGAAGAAUAGGACAUAUUCUUUAUUUGAGGGCAUUGAAGAUCAAGGAAAAACGACACCUCUUAACAACAUCUACACAGAGCUCUACAUCACACAAGCUGGAAGUGGAGAGGUUAAGAAUCAGAAUGAGGUGAGACAGAUUGAGACAGCAUGCAGUUGUCAAGUAGAACACGAGACAUCAAUCCAACUCAAUGACAUCUUCAAACCCUUACCUGGACAAGACAAGCUUAUCAGAACAGUGCUGACAAGGGGAGUUGCUGGCAUUGGAAAAACAGUGUCUGUGCUGAAGUUCAUGUUGGACUGGGCUGAAGGAAAAGCAAAUCAAGACAUCCAGAUCAUCUUUCCACUUCCUUUUCGGGAUCUGAACUUGAUGAGAGAUAAAAAUCUAAGUCUGAUGGAACUACUUCAUCACUCCUUUAUAGAAACAAAACAAUCAGAAAUCUCAGAAAACAAAAAUAUUGUGUUUGUUUUUGAUGGUCUGGAUGAAUGUCGCCUUCCUCUGGACUUCCAGAAUAAUAAGAUCUGCUGUGAUGUCACAGAGUCAACUUCAGUGGAAGUUCUGCUGACAAACCUCAUUAAAGGGAAUCUGCUUCCCUCUGCUCACAUUUGGAUAACCACCCGACCUGCAGCAGCCAAUCAGAUCCCUCCUGAGUGUGUUGACCAGGUGACAGAGGUACGAGGGUUCAAUGACCCACAGAAGGAGGAGUACUUCAGGAAGAGAAUCGGUGAGGAGGACCUGGCCAGCAGAAUCAUCUCACACAUAAAGACAUCAAGGAGCCUCCACAUCAUGUGCCACAUUCCUGUGUUCUGUUGGAUUUCAGCCACUGUCCUAGAGAGACUAUUGGUUGAAGCAGAGAGUCGAGAGAUCCCCAAGAAUCUGACUCAAAUGUACACUCACCUCAUGAUCUUCCAGUCAAAACUGAGGACUCAGAAAUAUCCUGUAGAGCAUGCCAACGAUUCUCACUGGGAUAAAGAGAUGAUUCAGGCACUGGGAAAAUUGGCUUUUCAACAGCUAGAAAAAGGCCAUCUGAUAUUCUAUGAGGAAGACCUGAGAGAGUGUGGCAUUGACAUCAAGGAUGCGUCUGUGUACUCUGGAGUGUGCACUCAGAUCUUCAGAGAAGAGUCUGGGCUUAACCAGAUGAAGGUGUACUGCUUUGUACAUCUGAGUAUCCAGGAGUUUCUGGCUGCACUAUAUGUGUUCCUCAUGUUCACUAACAACAACAACAAUCUGAUGGCUAAAGAGAGAUCCCUCCACAACAAAAACAGUCUAUAUGAAGAUGCAGUGGACAAGGCCUUGCAGUUUGAAAAUGGCCAUCUGGACCUUUUCCUCCGCUUCCUUCUAGGCCUUUCUCAUGAGUCCAAUCAGCAUCUCCUACAAGGCCUACUGACACCAACAGGAAGCAGAUCACAGAGCAACAAGGAAACAGUCAAGUACAUCAAGGAGAAGAUCAGGAAGAACCUCCCCCUGGAGAGGUGUAUCAAUCUGUUCCACUGUCUGAAUGAACUGAAUGAUCAUUCUCUAGAGGAGGAGAUCCAAAGCUACCUGAGAUCAGGAAGUCUAUCAAAAUCUAAACUCUCAUCUGGACAGUGGUCUGCUCUGGUCUUCAUGUUGCUGACCUCCGAGAAGCUGGAUGUGUUUGACCUGAAGAAAUACAUCAGAUCAGAUGAUGCUCUUCUCAAACUUCUCCCAGUUGUCAGAUCCUCUAGAAAAGCCCUGCUGAACGAAUGUAAACUCACCAAGAAAAGCUUUGAGGCACUGGCUUCUGUUCUCAAAUCAAACUCAUGCUGUCUGAGAGUGCUGGACAUGAGUGGAAAUAAACUCCAGGAUUCAGGAGUGAAGCUGCUCUCUGCUGGACUGGAGGAUACACACUGUAAACUGGAGACAUUGAAGUUGAAUGAUUGCAACCUAACUGAGAAAUCCUGUGAGGUGCUGGCUUCAACUCUCAGCUCAAACACCUCAAGUUUGAGAGAGCUAGACCUGGGAGGAAAUGAACUCCAGGAUUCAGGAGUGAGAUUCAUCUGUGCUGGACUUGAGAAUCCACAAUGUAAAUUGGAGACACUGAGGCUGGCAGGCUGCAGCAUCACAGGGAAAGGCUGUGCUUCUCUUGCUUCAGCUCUGAGGUCAAACCCCUCCCACCUGAAGGAGCUGGACCUGAGUGGAAAUACUCCAGGAGACACUGGAGUAAAGCUGCUCUCUUCUGUACAAGAGGAUCCCCUCUAUACACUGGAGAGACUGCGGAUCAAGACCGACAGACCAGUCUCACCUGUACCUAGCUGUGUCUCCAUGAAGAGUGACAGGUCUAUGCUACCUCCUAUUCACUUCAGGGAGGGAGACUUUUCCACUGAACAAAGGUUCAAGACAGACCGACUAGUCUCACCUGUACCUGGCUGUGUCUCCAUGAAGAGUGACCAGUCAAUGGGACUAAAUAUUCUCUUCAGCGAUGGAGAAUUAUCCACUGGGAAAAGCAGUAUCUCUGAGGAGAUUGACCAGUCAAUGGAUCACCAACCCAGAGUCCCUACUGAUGACAAAGUGUACAACACUGUUUCCACUAAGACAGAAAUCCAGGUGAAAAUGAAAUCCUACUUGAAGAAUAGGGCAGAUUCUUUAUUUGAAGGCAUUGAGGAACAAGCCAAAAAAACACCUCUUAACAACAUCUACACAGAGCUCUACAUCACACAAGCUGGAAGUGGAGAGGUCAAUUAUGAACAUGAGGUGAGACAGAUUGAGACAGCAUGCAGGUUUCCAGUAGAACACGAGACAUCAAUCCAACUCAAUGACAUCUUCAAACCCUUACCUGGACAAGACAAGCCUAUCAGAACAGUGCUGACAAGGGGAGUUGCUGGCAUUGGAAAAACAGUGUCUGUGCUGAAGUUCAUGUUGGACUGGGCUGAAGGAAAAGCAAAUCAAGACAUCCAGAUCAUCUUUCCACUUCCUUUUCGGGAUCUGAACUUGAUGAGAGAUACAAAUCAAAGUCUGAUAGAACUACUUCAUCACUCCUUUAUAGAAACAAAAGUAUCAGAAAUCUCAGAAAACAAAAAUAUUGUGUUUGUUUUUGAUGGUCUGGAUGAAUGUCGCCUUCCUCUGGACUUCCAGAAUAAUAAGAUCUGCUGUGAUGUCACAGAGUCAACUUCAGUGGAUAUUCUUCUGACAAACCUCAUCGAAGGGAAUCUGCUUCCCUCUGCUCACAUUUGGAUAACCACCCGACCCACAGCAGCCAAUCAGAUCCCACCUGAGUGUGUUGACCAGGUGACAGAGGUACGAGGGUUCAAUGACCUACAGAAGGAGGAGUACUUCAGGAAGAGAAUCGGUGAGGAGGACCUGGCCAGCAGAAUCAUCUCACACAUAAAGACAUCAAGGAGCCUCCACAUCAUGUGCUACAUUCCAGUGUUCUGUAGGAUUUCAGCCAGUGUCCUAGAGAGACUAUUGGUUGAAGCAGAGAGUCAAGAGAUCCCCAAGAAUCUGACUCAAAUGUACGCUCACCUCAUGAUCUUCCAGUCAAAACUGAGGACUCAGAAAUAUCCUGUAGAGCAUGCCAACGAUUCUCACUGGGAUAAAGAGAUGAUUCAGGCACUGGGAAAAUUGGCUUUUCAACAGCUAGAAAAAGGCAAUCUGAUAUUCUAUGAGGAAGACCUGAGAGAGUGUGGCAUUGACAUCAAGGAUGCGUCUGUGUACUCUGGAGUGUGCACUCAGAUCUUCAGAGAAGAGUCUGGGCUUAACCAGAUGAAGGUGUACUGCUUUGUACAUCUGAGUAUCCAGGAGUUUCUGGCUGCACUAUAUGUGUUCCUCAUGUUCACUAACAACAACAACAAUCUGAUGGCUAAAGAGAGAUCCCUCCGCAACAAAAACAGUCUAUAUGAAGAUGCAGUGGACAAGGCCUUGCAGUUUGAAAAUGGCCAGCUGGACCUUUUCCUCCGCUUCCUUCUAGGCCUUUCACUGCAGUCCAAUCAGCAUCUCCUACAAGGCCUACUGACACAGACAGGAAGCAGAUCACAGAGCAACAAGAAAACAGUCAAGUACAUCAAGGAGAAGAUCAGAAAGAACCUCCCCCUGGAGAGGUGUAUCAAUCUGUUCCACUGUCUGAAUGAACUGAAUGAUCAUUCUCUAGAGGAGGAGAUCCAAAGCUACCUGAGAUCAGGAAGUCUCUCAAAAUCUAAACUCUCAUCUGGACAGUGGUCAGCUCUGGUCUUCAUGUUGCUGACCUCCGAGAAGCUGGAUGUGUUUGACCUGAAGAAAUACAUCAGAUCAGAUGAUGCUCUUCUCAAACUUCUCCCAGUUGUCAGAUCCUCUAGAACAGCCCUGCUGAACAAAUGUAAACUUACCAAGAAAAGCUGUGAUGCACUGGCUUCUGUUCUCAAAUCCAAUUCAUGCUGUCUGAGAGUGCUGGACAUGAGUGGCAAUAAACUCCAGGAUUCAGGAGUGAAGCUGCUCUCUGCUGGACUGGAGGAUCCACACUGUAAACUGGAAACAUUGAAGCUGUCAGGCUGCAGCAUCACAGGGAAAGGCUGUGCUUCUCUUGCUUCAGCUCUGAGGUCAAACCCCUCCCACCUGAAGGAGCUGGACCUGAGUGGAAAUACUCCAGGAGACUCUGGAGUAAAGCUGCUCUCUUCUGUACAAGAGGAUCCCCUCUAUACACUGGAGAGACUGCGGUUAAAUGAUUGACAGCUCACAGAUUCAGUGAAGGAAUGGCUUCAACUCAAAAUCCUUGGUUGUGGUAGUGCGCCGCAGUUACAUGUUUUUCCAACAGUUACUAAAUUCAUUUCAAAGUGCGUGAAUGUAAAUAUUUAAUGUGUUGAAUCAAUGAUAAUAGCUCCUUGAAUCUCUCAAUCAAUCAGAGAGCUCUGGCGAUGUGGUGCCAGGAAAAUAACCUCAACAAACACGUCACCAGGGACAUACUGCCUGCCCUCCAGGACAUCUACAGCACCCGGUGUCACAGGAAAGCCAAGAAGAUCAUCAAGGAUCUCAGCCCCCCGAGCCACGACCUGUUCACCUCGCUACCGUGUAGAAGGAGGAGACAGUACAGGUGCAUCAAAACCGGGACAGAGAGACAGGACAGCUUUUAUCUCCAGGCCAUCAGACUGUUAAUUAGGGGGGAGGGGUGGGUGGUUGGAGGGGUGUGGCUGAAGAAACGGGAUGAGAGGUUCAGACCCACUUUUUAGUUUUCUUGUUUGAACAUUGUACCAGUGUUCUGUUAGCUUAGUAAAAAGCCCUCCUUUUAUAAUGACAUGUUAUAUACAUAUUGACUGUAGUUCAGUGUUACUUUAGUCAGCGUCUUCAUCUCAACAACCUUAUAGUCUUCCUAGUGACUGUACAUCUUACCAGACUGUAUUUCAGUGUAUUAUGUCUCAGGAUUGUCUUGUGUUGUACACGGCUUUGUUUUUAUUGUAGCAGCUUGGCUUUUUGAAAAUGUAGAAUUUCUGACAUUCUAUGUGACCCUGUGUGUUAAUCUCUGGUCAACUGUAUUUCAUAUUCUUUAUACCAAGUAAAGCUGUUAUUCAUAUUGCCGUGU